AUGGCUUCGUGCUCUCCCCUCAAGCGUCUCAGCUACAAGACCAGCGACUACACCAUAUCUCUCUCACAGAAAACCACACCUAGAUCACGACCUGAGCCUCCCGCCCUUUCCUACGUAGGAAAGAUCAGCCGACCUCUUCCUGAAGUCAAGGUGACGAUUAACAUUAAGGAUCACAAGAUCAGUCGCCGCGUGCGCUCGCUCGACGGAGUCAUCACCGUAGAGCCGGUCUCUACGGGCCUUCCUUCCCGAACCGAAGCCCGGGUUUUCGACAUCGUCACCUUCUUUGUCCCAGAAACCACAGAGGAGGCCAUCCACAAGAUGCUUGACUGCAUGAUCUUUCCUUCCAAGAAGCGCCAGCUCUUGGUCCGCUACCUCUCCCGCUUCGCCCAUGGUGCUGCCGCUGAGGCGGGCAAGAAGCCGAUCGAUGGGUUGGAGCUGGUCUUCGAUUUCAAGGUAGUGGCUAUCUGGGAGUAUAACGAGGCCCGAGUCGCUGCAGAAGUCGUCAACAAAUCCAUCGGUGUUGCUCGUCCUUCGUCCUUGCGAGGCUUUGAGGAAGACAUCUGCGGCAACGAGCGAGAGUUUCCAUCAUCAUGCCCCGUGUGCCUCGAGGACUUCUUCUUUCCGGACUGCAUCGAGCAGCAGCUCAUGUGCACCCCAUGCUUCCAUGUCUUCCAUCAACGGUGCAUCGGAAGGUGGGUCAAGGACGCAUGCCCUGUGUGCCGCUCCAAAUUUUGAAGUAUUUCUAUUGCUUUCUUUGUAUGAAAGAAACCAGUGAUAUGUUUUGUAGAGAC